GCUUGUUUGUGUCUUGAAGGGGGUUCUAAAACCUUCCAUUGGCCAUAAAUCCUUUUGGACUCUCCAAUGAGGUGAGAAGGGAGGUGAUCGCCGCGAUAUCAGAACUUAAAUGGGACUUUGCCUCAGGACCAGGCCGGCCCCCAACAAUGUCAUGGUCCUCAACCAACCUGAGGUCACUGCAGUGAGUCUGAUGCAAAGCUGAUGAACAUUUGAGACCCCCGAACGGCGUGAUUUCCAUUCAAAGUGUGAAAGGCCCCUCCAUCACAAUGAGCACUGGAAGAGAGGAGCAGGUCGUCGACACCUGCUACACCACAAUCCACACGCUAGACAAGCAAAAGGGCAAAAAACAAAAGCGGGUCCAGUACAUGAAGAAGGAUGGCAAGUUCCCCGUGAUGUUCCUGAAGGCUCCGGGAGACUGGAGCACGUACUUUGUGGACAUCUUCACCACUCUUAUAGAGAUCCGCUGGAGGGUGAUGUUCCUCGUCUUCUUCCUGUCCUACAUUAUCUCUUGGCUCCUUUUCGGUUUUGGUUACUGGCUCAUUGCGUAUGUCAACGGAGACACUGAAAGCGUGGAGAACAACCCCUGCGUGGAGAACGUCCGAGGAUUUACCGGGGCUUUCCUGUUCUCCAUGGAAACCCAAGCGACGAUUGGUUAUGGCUUCAGGUACAUGAACGACUACUGUAUUGUUGCUAUCGUAGUUGUGACGGUUCAAGAUUUAUUCAGCUGCUUCCUCGAUACCAUCAUUAUCGGCAUUGUUCUGGCCAAGAUGGCGUCCGCUCGAAAGAGGGCUCAGACGGUGGGUUUCAGCAAGUUCGCCGUGGUCAAUCUUCGGGAUGGAGUUAUGUGUCUGUCGUGGCGCCUUGGUGACUUCCGAGGCAACCACAUACUGGAGGGGGUCGUCACAGCUCAGCUGGUGCGGUGCGUGAGGCGGCCGCAGGGUUUCAUCGCAUGGUCAUACCAGGAUCUGACCAUUGAAGAGCCAGAAAUCGCCCUCACGACACCAGCUACUAUCAUCCACAAGCUGGAACCAGGAAGUCCGCUGUACAGCGUGGAUCCGGACGACCUUCUGGAGGAGAACUUUGAGCUGGUCGUCGCUUUCACCUAUACAGGAGACUCUACGGGCAUGCUCCACCAGACACGCACCACCUACACACCAGCAGACAUCCGCUGGGGUCAGCGCUUCAAGGACGUUUUAAAAGUAGGCAAGAAGCACUACAAAGUGGACUACGCCUUCUUCAACGAGACCAUAUGGGUGCCAGUGCCCAUGGUGAGCGCGGAGGCCUUUAGCAGGAAGCGACACCCUGAAGACGGGCGGAUACACGUGCCAUCGGUCAAAAGAAAUGGCGGCACUGGACACGUGACGGUAGAAAUCACCGAAGAACCAGUGGUGCAGACUUUUUUGUAACAUUUGGAGUUUUUGGAGUCCUAUUGUUGAAACUGUAGCUCCCAUUUUCCUAGAACUUUCAGUUUGCAAACCAAUCUUAUUUUCAUCAGAUUUCACCUCAUUAUUCACAAAAAGAAGAAAUAAACACUGUGGAAAACUUGUAUGUAUUAAAAUAAAAUAAUUAAAAAUGAACAUUAUAGCUUUUAUUUGACAUAUCAUAAAGGAGUUACUCCAGUGACAAAAUGUGGAUCAUACCAUAUGUUGUAGGAGUGGGGGACAAGUUAAGGAGUUGUAGAUAUUUGUAUUUAGAUUACACAUCAUUGUUCACACA